GGUCAAGCCCAUGAUGGGUUUUCGGGUGCCCUGAUCCCUCAGGGGGGUGAGCCCAAAACGUGGUACGGGGUCCCCUCUUUCGCCGCCGAGCACCUGGAGGAGGUGAUGAAGAAGCUGACGCCCGAACUUUUCGAGAGCCAACCCGACCUCCUCCACCAACUCGUCACCCUCAUGAACCCCAACACCCUCAUGGCCCACGGCGUUCCCGUGGUGCGGACGAACCAGUGCGCCGGGGAAUUCGUCAUCACCUUCCCCCGGGCCUACCACAGCGGCUUCAACCAAGGCUACAACUUCGCCGAGGCCGUCAACUUCUGCACUGCUGAUUGGCUCCCUGCCGGCCGCCAAUGCAUCGAGCACUACCGCCGCCUGCGCCGCUACUGCGUCUUCUCCCACGAGGAGCUGAUCUGCAAGAUGGCUGCCUGCCCCGAAAAGCUGGACCUCAACCUCGCCGCCGCCGUCCACAAGGAGAUGUUCGUCCUGGUGCAGGAGGAGCGCAAGCUGCGCAAGGCGCUGCUGGAAAAGGGCAUCACGGAGGCGGAGCGGGAGGCGUUCGAGCUGCUGCCGGACGACGAGCGGCAGUGCGACAAGUGCAAGACGACGUGUUUCCUGUCGGCCCUCGCCUGCUACGACUGCCCCCAGCGCCUCGUCUGCCUCUACCACAUGGACGACCUCUGCAAGUGCCCCCGCAGCAAGCAGUACCUCAG